AUGUCGAAGCUUUUCAUCGGUGGCCUAGCAUGGCACACUGAGGAGGCUACUCUUCGCCAGAAGUUCGAGGAGUUUGGCCCCGUCGAGGAAGCUGUUGUGGUCAAGGACCGCGAUACCGGCCGCAGCCGCGGCUUUGGAUUUGUGCGAUACACCCAGGAGGGAGACGCCCAGAAAGCCAUCGCCACCAUGAACAACGUCGAGUUUGACGGACGAACGAUUCGAGUUGACAAGGCAUCCGACAACGGCCCCCGAGGCGGAUUCGGCAGAGGUGGCGGCGGCUUUGGACGAGGCUUCGGAGGGCCUAUGCCGUACGGCAUGGGUCCCCCUGGACCCGGCUAUCAAGUCCCACCCCCGAACAUGUACGCUCCGAUGCCGUAUGGUCGUGGUUACCCUCCGCCGCAGCAGCAGGCUUACGGCACGCCUCCCCAAGGAUUCGUGGCGCCGCAGUUUGGAUACCCCGACCCAUCUCAGCAGCAGCUCCCUCCUCAGCCCCAGCAACCUCCCCAGGGCGGACGAGGCUAUUAG